AUGGAGAGGGUCGCCGACCACUACCUUACCACACUCUCAAACGUACCGUCAGCUCCAAAGUGGUCAUUUGGAGGUCGUCCACGGCCUGUUUCUGCUAGUGCAACGCCAGGACCAGGAACCUACGAAUCCGGAGGUCGGACAAGUAUUCCCACAGCUCCGAGCUACGGUUUUGGAAGCGAAGUUCGAGGACGGUCACGGGCUCAACCAUUCCCAGGUCCAGGUGCCUAUGACCCUUCCAAGCAAAGUGCACGAACUGCGCCGCAGUGGUCUAUGACAGGCCGCAGGGCGUCUACGAAAGUCGACUCCUCUCCAGGUCCUGGCGCGUACGAUGUCAAACACAACUCGGGAUCCCCAUCAUACGGUCUGGGGACCGGCCAACGAAAAACGUUCUCCGCACCGAACACUCCGGGUCCGGGAGCCUACAGCCCUCGGUUUCUGGGCGACUCUUCGCCUCAGUGGGGCAUGGGGACUCAGAACCGCUCACGUGCGGGAGGCGGCUUGAAAGUAGAUGUCCCCGGUCCCGGCACUUACACGCUGCCCAGUCGGCUUCAGGAGUCGCCGCAGUAUUCGAUGGCAGGGAGAGGCGAACAAAAGAGAAAAGACAACAGCCCUGGUCCCGGUGCAUACAAUCCACAUUACCCCGAAAGAGAUGCUGGGAAGUUCAGCUUCGGCGUGAAACCGGCAGCAUCCAAACCAGGGGGCAGCACGCCUGGACCUGGUGCAUACAAUAUGACUGGAGACAUAGCCAGCCCAAAGAGCCCGCAAUGGUCGUUUGGCAGCCAAGUCCGAGGAAAAAACUACGCCACGAGCUCGCCUGGCCCCGGACAGUACAACCCUGAAAACAGUCCUCGAAAGCGGCCUCCUGCGUGGAGCCUCGGAGGCAGUGGUGAACGCGGAUUUUAUUCCAAAAGAGAUGGACCAGCCCCUGGAACCUACAACAUUCCCAGUCGCCUGGGUGAAGGAGCAAAGUAA